UAUUGGAAAGAGGAUGGAAAGUGUGGGGCUAAAGACUGAAAGACAGUGAUGAACAAUCAUACACACACUCCCUCCCCUCUUCCUCCUCUCUCUCUCUCUCUCUCUCUCUCUCUCUCUCCUAGUAAUGCUGAAUAGAGAAACUGGGUCAGUGAGGUGCUUGAUUCCGUACAGUACAUGUCUGUGUUUAUAUGUGUGCAUUUGUGCAUGCAAAAAGUUGUUUUCUUUUCAAGUAAUUAAAUUAAAUAACAGUUCAUCUCAGCCCACUUUCCUGGACCAAAGCAUCUUCUGUUAAAUUGUUGUGGGUUUUUUUUUCCUCAUCCAUUACUUAAGCAGUCAUAAAUGCUUCUGGAACUUUAAAGACACUCAAAACUAUUUUCAAGGAUGGUUUAACCUGAUCCCAGAUUGCAGUGUGGAGUACCUGCAGUGAAGAAGACAUCAUUCUCAGACAGUUUGGGACUUAUGGUUUGAGUUUUCCUUUGGUGGUCGUCUAUUGUUUUGUUGCAUCAAGACCAUGGCUCACACUAAGUGGAAGUGCUGGUGGAUAGUGCUAUUGCUGUGUUUCUUGCUGGUGUGGAUUGCUGAUGGGAAUGUGGGUUUAUCGCCAGAUAAAGGAGUAGCAACGCCAUCCUGCUAUGGAGGUUUUGACCUCUACUUCGUCCUGGAUAAGUCUGGAAGUGUGCAACAUCACUGGACCGAGAUCUAUAAUUUUGUGGCACAUCUGGCUCACAAGUUCAUUAGCCCACAGCUUCGAAUGUCCUUUAUCGUGUUUUCCACUGAGGGCCGGAUCCUCAUGCGGCUAACAGAGGACAGAGACAAAAUUCGCAAAGGUCUGGAGGAGCUCCAGAGAGUUCUACCAGGAGGAGAUACUUUCAUGCAUGAGGGUAUUCAAAGGGCAAGUGAACAGAUUUACUAUGGGAACACUGAGGGGUACCGUACAGCGAGCGUCAUCAUCGCACUUACAGAUGGGGAAUUGCAUGAGGAUCUCUUCUACUAUGCUGAAAGAGAGGCCAAUCGUUCCCGAAGCCUGGGUGCCUCAGUCUAUUGUGUAGGGGUGAAGGACUUCAAUGAGACACAGCUUGCCAAGAUUGCAGACAGCAAAGAUCAUGUUUUCCCCGUGAAUGGUGGGUUUGAGGCUUUGCAGAGUGUGAUCGAUUCGAUCCUGAGAAGAUCUUGCAUUGAGAUCCUUGCAGCAGAACCUUCCAGUAUCUGUGCUGGAGAGUCAUUCCAGGUUGUCGUGAGGGGGAAUGGCUUCCUCCAUGCCAGGAAUGUGGAUAAAGUCCUGUGCAGCUUCAGAAUUAAUGACACCCUCACCAGGAUGGUAAAGCCAUUGAUAGUGGAGGACACAUACCUGCUGUGUCCUGCACCAAUACUUAGAGAAGAGGGAACGGCGGCUUCCCUUUAUGUGAGCAUGAAUGAAGGCCUUAGUUUCAUCUCCAGCUCUGUGACCAUCACCACUGUGAGCUGUUCUGAUGGUACAAUCCUGGCUAUAGCUCUGCUGAUUCUGAUGCUCCUGUUGGUGUUGGCUCUUCUCUGGUGGUUCUGGCCUCUUUGCUGCACUGUGAUCAUCCAUGAACCCCCACCACCUCCAAAAGAGGACAGUUCGGAUGAGGAGGAUGACGGAGCACCAAAGAAGAAGUGGCCAACAGUAGAUGCUUCCUACUAUGGAGGGCGUGGAGUCGGGGGGAUUAAAAGGAUGGAGGUACGCUGGGGGGAGAAGGGAUCAACUGAAGAGGGCGCUAAACUUGAAAAGGCAAAAAAUGCCAGGGUGAAGAUGCCAGAACAAGAGUUUGAAGCUCCACAUACCCGGGUCCUGAACAAUGGGAUGCAUAAACCGACAAGCCCUCGCAAGUGGUAUUCUCCAAUUAAGGGUAAACUGGAUGCCCUGUGGGUACUGCUGAAGAAAGGCUAUGACAGAGUGUCCAUCAUGAGACCACAACCAGGAGACAAGGGUCGCUGUCUGAACAUCACCCGCACUAAGUCAAGCUCAUCUCCACAUUAUCCAGCGUACAACCGCCACACCCCGAUCUACACCCCCCAGCAAAGCUGCAGCACUCCUCCUCCUCCUCCCCAGAGUCAGCUGCCCCCUCCACCCUGCAGCCCACAAUCCACUCUUCCUCCUCUCUCCAUCACUCCAUCUCCACCCAUCACACCUCCUCCAUCAUACACCCCUCCAUCAGCCUGGUCCUCAUCGUCCUCUCCUGUUUUCUUUGAUUCGCCUUCUCCUCCAGCCUCACCUACAGGACCGCUUCCUCCUCCCCCACUGGCCCCACCUCCAUGCCGAGCCCCUCCUCCUGACCGCCCUCCACCACGCCCUUCCCUCUAGGGCUAUGGAGGUGAAGCGGAAUCAGGAAGUCAGUGGGAGACUCAAGUCUCUCUCCUUAACCUUCUUGUUGUCUAACUGUGUGGCCUUUGACAAUAAAAACUUAAUGACUAGCCCACCAGUGGGAACAAACACAAGGGAACAGACUAUGUCUUCAAUUUCAUCUACAAAACUACAGGAACCACCACACAGACGAAAGCAAUAUUAUAGACCACACUGAGCACCACGCACAAGUCUUUAAAGAAGGCUUUCACAACAGACCACUGCUACUCAAGCCCACAUGUCCAAAUGACAGGAUGGACAUUCAUCUGAAGCCAUUUGCUUCACAUGCAAAUGAAAUGGACCAGUGAAUGUUCCAUUUACAGAAUCUAUUUAAUGGGAAAAGUUGCAAUAUGUGCAUAUUUGUUCAUUCAUACAGCUAAUACGCAUUUAUGAGACAAGAAACCAGUCUUUCAAUCUACCAGAGAAACUUCUGAUCAAAUCCUGAGCAGCCACUGACCAAGGAAGCAUGUAGAUAAUUAAAACUCUCAAGUAUUAAAACUCUCAGGCCCUGAUUUACUAAGAUCCCUAAAAACAAGUACUAAUUGUUGUAACCUGUAGUGAGUAGGCAUGUUGUGGGCACAAAAAGUAUUCAAGCGAAUAUCUUAUGAUGCAAAAUCCGAAAUGAAAGAACAUAGACACAAGUGUGUGUUCUGUUAAUAAGGAAUUUGUAAAGAUUUUAUCAGAAGAUAUAAUACGUAAUGAACAUCAUAUGAAUCUAUGUUUACUGGAGUAAAUCAUAAUUUCAUCGAACAUUCUAAUUAUUAAAAGGGUAAAUGGUUUUUAUUUUGUCUUCAAAUGGUGGAAACGGCUGCAACAAAUUUAAUACCUGCUCUUUGGUGGUAUAAAUUUGCACAUCAUGCAGUUGCUGUUUAUUAAGGCAAACAGGUAGAACAGACAAAAUGUGAUAUUUUGCUUAUUUGAAAUAUGCAAACAUCCUCACAUGCUGUCAGCUUAGAUUUUUUUUUUUUUUUUGGAGGUUUUAUCAAUUUUGCACAUUUUUGCACACAAACGUUUAGUAAACCAGGCGCUCAGGCAUUCAUUAUUAAUAUCCACGCCCAUAUUUGACAAUGUUAAUGUAAUGUACUUUGAUAUUGUAGGUUUAGGUUCAUUGUUGUAUGAUGUUUUUAAUUUUUCACUUCCUUUCCUCACAUUUUCGAAGUUAGGUAUUUGUUAGAUGUUUUUAGUCCAAGAAUAUUGGAAUAUUACUUACUGGGGUUUAUUUCUUGGCAUAUCAGUGCACAAUCCACAUUUGUUAUGACAUACAAGUGCACAAUCACCUUAUUACAUACUUUUAUACAUGUACUAUGUAUAAAUAUAUGUAUCCCUUGCCUUUUUUUCCUUUGUUUUUUGAUGUCAAGUCAUUUUAUCAAAUAUUUUUUCUUGAUUUGUUUCCUUAACUGUGAUCUUUGCAUCACAUUAAACCAUGCAAAGAGGAGUCCUCACUUAGGUCUUUGGUAGAAUACAGUAAGCUUUCUAACUUGCCUUAAUAUUCAUUUGCCUUAAGAAACCUGACCUAGAUUUAUCCACAAGAAAUGAUGGAAAUCCUCGUCUCUUGCCAACAAGACACGUCCCAGCCAGUGAUCAGUGUGCCAAAAGUGUGUUUGAAUGAUGUGUUUGUUUUUGCUCUGUACCUGUUGUAUAUACUUUGUGUCACUGUGUUAUGAUCUGUGGUUUUGUGUGUUCAGAUUUUGGGGUUUACUUUCAGCAUGUUCGGCUCCUAAAUUAUUACAAAAUGUAUUAUGACGUGCAAGUCUAAUAGAGGAUUGUGUACACAAAUCACUGUCUGAUACACAAAUAUGAGGAUAGCAAAGAUUUUGGCAUUUUGCUCUUUUUUUUAACUUUUGCUCUGUAUCAUUCACUAAACCAGUGAUAAAUAAGAGCUCGCUUUGCUCUUUGUGUGUGUUCCUCGAGUGCUGUGGUUGAAUUUAAGGAGGAUGGAAAUCGAAACCUCCUAUCGGCGAGCAGAAAGGACAGGAUUAUUUUCCAAAGCAGAGCUCGGAAAUGGCAGAUGUGAAGUACGACUCUUUUAACUUUGCAGGGACACAAAUACUGAAACUGUAUCAGCUGGUAAAUUUGUGUAGAUGUAUAUAUACUGUAUAUGCAUUAUGUGCUUGUAUGUGUGUCUCUCUUUUUUAGAAAUGCAUUUGAUAAACUGGCCUAGCAUUUUUA